AUGGUCAGGGGUCUAACCCAUGGCGCUGCCGGUGAUCCGUGCGCUUUCACGGUGUACACGAAGGGUGCCGGUGCCGGGAACCUACAGGUGGCAGUGGAGGGGCCCUCCAAAGCGGACAUACAGUGCAAGGACAACAAGGACGGCACUAUAAGCGUGUCGUACUUACCGCCGGCACCGGGCGAAUACAAAAUCAACAUCCGGUUUGGCGAUCGGCCCAUUAAGGGGUCGCCCUAUUCGGCCAAAAUCACGGGUGAGGGCCGGAAGCGGAACCAGUUAUCGGUGGGCCACUCGUCCGAAGUGUCCCUCAAAGUCCAGGAAAAGGAUUUCAAACUUUUGAACGCCUCUAUAGUGGCGCCCUCUGGACUCGAAGAACCUUGCUUCUUGAAAAAGCUGGCCAACGGGCACCUGGGUAUCUCGUUUACGCCCAGGGAGACCGGCGAGCACCUGGUUAAUGUCAAGAAACUGGGCACUCAUAUAACCGGCAGUCCCUUUAAGAUCAAUGUACUCGAGAGGGAGAUCGGCGACGCCUCCAAGGUUAAGGUCACCGGAAAGGGAGUAAAGGAGGCUAAAACACACACUACUAAUGAGCUGCUAAUCGACACGAAAGAGGCCGGCUAUGGGGGUCUCUCCCUGUCCAUUGAGGGUCCGUCCAAAGCGGAGAUACAAUGUAAAGAAGAGGGUGGAGAGGGGGCCCUCCGUGUGACGUAUAAGCCAACUGAGCCGGGAUUCUACAUAAUAAACCUGAAGUUCGCUGACCAUCACGUGCCGGGCAGUCCGUUCACUGUGAAGGUGACGGGCGAGGGCUCUAACAUACAGCGCGAGAAUAUCAAGAAGGAA